GGAUGCCCGUGUGGAAGGGCCUCUACAAGAGGAGUGUUUGUGCAGCGAAAGGAUCCUCCUCCUCCUUCAGCCUCUCGCAGGUUGGAAUUCAGCUGUCCAGGCCCUCGUCCUUCACUUCUCCUCCUCCGCACCCUCUCGCCACCAUCACCGGAGUUUUUGCAGGUAAUCGAAGAUGGGUAAGGAGAAGGUUCACAUCAACAUUGUGGUCAUCGGCCAUGUCGACUCCGGCAAGUCUACGACCACAGGCCACCUGAUCUACAAGCUGGGAGGGAUCGACAAGCGUGUGAUCGAGCGCUUUGAGAAGGAGGCGGCUGAGAUGAACAAGCGUUCGUUCAAGUACGCGUGGGUGCUGGACAAGCUGAAGGCUGAGCGCGAGCGUGGUAUCACGAUCGAUAUUGCGCUGUGGAAGUUCGAGACCGUGAAGUACUACUGCACUGUGAUCGACGCUCCCGGACAUCGCGAUUUCAUCAAGAACAUGAUUACGGGAACGUCGCAGGCGGACUGCGCAGUGCUGAUCAUCGACUCCACCACCGGAGGAUUCGAGGCUGGUAUCUCCAAGGAUGGGCAGACCCGUGAGCACGCACUGUUGGCUUUCACCUUGGGAGUGAAGCAGAUGAUCUGCUGCUGUAACAAGAUGGACGCGACGACGCCGAAGUAUAGCAAGGCUCGAUUCGAUGAGAUCAGCAAGGAGGUGUCGACGUACCUCAAGAAGGUGGGGUACAACCCGGACAAGAUUCCGUUCGUGCCCAUUUCAGGGUUCGAGGGUGACAACAUGAUCGAGCGAUCGACGAACUUGGAAUGGUACAAGGGUCCGACGCUUCUGGAGGCCCUGGACAACGUGUCAGAGCCGAAGAGGCCAUCUGACAAGCCCCUGCGGUUGCCCCUCCAGGAUGUCUACAAGAUCGGAGGUAUUGGAACUGUGCCAGUGGGACGUGUGGAGACUGGAAUCAUCAAGCCGGGUAUGUUAGUUACCUUCGCACCCACUGGACUGACGACUGAGGUGAAGUCGGUGGAGAUGCACCACGAGUCGUUGUUGGAGGCGCACCCCGGAGACAACGUCGGGUUCAAUGUGAAGAACGUGGCUGUGAAGGACCUGAAGAGAGGAUACGUGGCUUCGGACUCGAAGAACGAUCCUGCAAAGGAGGCCGCCAACUUCACUGCCCAGGUUAUCAUCAUGAACCACCCGGGACAGAUCGGAAACGGUUACGCGCCGGUGCUGGACUGUCACACUUCUCACAUUGCCGUGAAGUUUGCCGAGAUCUUGACGAAGGUGGACAGGCGAUCGGGUAAGGAGCUGGAGAAGGAGCCCAAGUUUUUGAAGAACGGAGACGCAGGAUUCGUGAAGAUGGUACCGACAAAGGCAAUGACUGUGGAGACUUUUGCACAGUACCCACCAUUGGGACGCUUCGCGGUUAGGGACAUGAGGCAGACGGUGGCUGUGGGUGUUAUCAAGGCGGUAGAGAAGAAAGAACCGUCUGGAGCGAAGGUUACUAAGGCCGCUGCCAAGAAGAAGUGAAUAUUGCUGGAGACGAGCGGGGUGAAGCAGUUAGGGGCUGACCGGGUCAGGGUUGGGUUUGGUGUUGCGGCAUUGUUUUGGAGGGUGCGGUUAUUGUUUUGCCUGUGUGCUUGUUCAAUAUACUUGCUGCAGGCGAGGGAGAAGCAGAGGCAGACUUGGGUACUGGACAGAAGAUGGCAGGGCUCGUCGGAUCCGCGACAGUGAAUGUUAUAUUUAUACGUGAAUAAAGUACUUUAUGUGGCCUCGACAUUGGGGUGGACAUAAAGCUAGUGAUGGUGUCUUUGGAAAGGACGUUGUGCUGGUGGUAUGGUUAGUGUUAUAUGUAUGUGAGGGUGCAACGAAGCCAUUACGUCAAGGAGAAAUUUUGAAUUCUCGUCUGAGCUGUUUAAGUGCACUUCACAUGGAUUUGGGAAGGGCAACAAGUUAUUCGGAUUACAUAAUGUGAACUGGAAUUUCUAGUUUUGCACUUUAUAACAAGUGUUACAAAGCAUGUUGAAUUGAUGUGUAUUAGAAUAUCCAUUCUUUGGAUUAUUUUAUAA